UCGAGGAAGCUCUCGAUGACAACAUCCGGGAAGUGAACUAGCGUGCUGUUGACAGGCUGCGCUCCGAUCACGGACUGAUAGUGCUAAUCGAUCAUCAUCGAUAAGGCGAUCAGGGAGGGAAGAUGCCCGGCGCGGAUAAGGAGACGGACCUGGGCGAGCGGAUCGAGGCGUUCCUGGCGGAGCUGAAGCGCGGAGGCCGCGGCUCCGGAGAGACCGCCCGCAGCACAGCGGCGCUGCUGCGCAGGAUCACCGCCCAGGCGCGCUGGAGCAGCGCAGGUGACCUGAUGGAGAUAAUCCGCAAAGAAGGCAGGAGGAUGACCGCCGCUCAGCCCUCAGAGACCACCGUGGGCAACAUGGUCCGCCGCGUACUCAAGAUCAUCCGAGAGGAAUACGCGAGGUCCCGGGGCAGCAGUGAAGAGGCGGAUCAGCAGGAGUCUCUGCACAAACUGCUGACGUCCGGCGGUUCCAGCGAGGAGAACUUCAGGCAGCACUUCGCUCCCCUCAAAGCCAACGUCAUCGAGGCCAUCAAUGAGCUGCUCACUGAGCUGGAGGGCACCACAGACAACAUCGCCAUGCAGGCUCUGGAACACAUCCACUCUAAUGAGGUCAUCAUGACCAUUGGCCGCUCGCGCACCGUGGAGGCCUUCCUGAAGGACGCGGCACGCAAGCGCAAAUUCCACGUCAUUGUUGCGGAGUGCGCCCCCUUCUGUCAGGGUCACGAGAUGGCCACCAGCCUCUCUGAAGACGGGAUCGAGACCACGGUGAUCCCUGACGCCGCCAUAUUCGCCGUGAUGUCCAGAGUCAAUAAGGUGAUAAUUGGUACUCAGACGGUUCUAGCUAACGGAGGACUGAGAGCGGUGAACGGAACCCACACGCUCGCGCUCGCCGCCAAACACCACUCCACUCCGCUCAUCGUCUGCGCUCCGAUGUUCAAGCUCUCACCUCAGUUUCCUAAUGAAGAGGACACGUUCCACAAGUUUGUUUCACCACAGGAAGUGCUGCCCUUCACUGAAGGUGAAGUCCUGUCGAAGGUCAACGCUCACUGCCCGGUGUUCGAUUACGUUCCUCCGGAGUUAAUCACGCUGUUUAUUUCCAACAUCGGCGGAAACGCUCCGUCCUACAUCUACCGGCUGAUGAGCGAGCUGUACCACCCGGAGGACCACGAGCUGUAAAUAAAGGCGUAAAUAAAGCCCUGA